UUAGCCCACCUACCGGCUGCAGCAGAGCACCCCCAUAACAAAAAGCACCCGCACCUCCAUUCCCCACCCUGCCUUCUCUCUCCUCUCCUCUUCCUCUCCCCAGCACGGCCAGAACUUCUCCAUUGAUAGCAGCGGAGCGAGAGGAGAGGUGCAUUCCCAAACCACGAGCACACGUACCCCCCAAGCCCAAGCCGACCACGCGAAGGCAGCGCUACGGGCUACUGAGGUUGGCUGCCACGCGCUCGCCGCUCGUGCUAGCAGCAGCAGGGGGAGGAGGAGGAGGAAGAGGUGGGAUUCGAAAGGGCAAAAGUUGCGGGAGCAAAAGGGAGGGGCGAGGCCCGGGGCCGGGGGUAAAAGGCGGGGAGGGGGGGGGGGGGGGUUGGAGUGGGCGGCAUCCAGCGCAAUCCAAUCCGCUAAAGCGCGGCUGCCUGAUUGAUUGGAAGUGUGCGCUGCAAGCGAGCGACGACCGCAUCGCUACGGCCACCACCGACACUCCCCCGCGCCGAUCGGAGCCGCGCAUCAGAUCCAGUUGCCGCCGGAAUUGCGGCGGACUCCGGCGCCCGCGAGUGCCCCACCGGAUCUGCAUUCGCCGAAGGACCUAUCCAGCCCGCGCUCUCGCGUCCCAUACCUUGUGUGAGAUGGAUCGGCGCAGCUGGCCUUGGAAGAAGAAAUCAUCUGACAAAUCGUCAAAUGCAGAUGCGUCGCACAACUCUAAUCAACCAGAACAGGAUGAGAAAGUUCCAAAAUUUGUGCAGAUUUCACCAGAAACAUAUGCACAUCUUACUGAUUCUGAAGAACAAGUAAAAGUCUUGGAUGAAAAGGUGAAUGUCUUGAAUGAGAAACUAUCUGCAUCACAAUCUGAGAUCACUACCAAAGAUGCCCUAGUGAAACAGCAUGCUAAAGUAGCUGAAGAAGCUGUAUCAGGUUGGGAGAAAGCUGAAGCGGAAGCCUCAGCACUCAAGGUUCAGCUUGAAACUGUUACAUUGUCUAAGCUAGCAGCCGAGGAACGAGCUGCCCAUCUGGAUGGUGCUCUGAAAGAGUGCAUGAAGCAAGUAAGAACUGUCAAGGAAGAAGGCGAGCAGAAGCUACAUGACGUAGUCUUUGCAAAAACCAAACAAUGGGAGAAGAUAAAGGCCGAGUUGGAAGAAAAGUUGCUUGAAUUUGAACAUGAGCUCAUAAGGGCAGGUGCUGAGAAUGAUGCACUCUCCAGAUCACUCCAAGAGCGGGCAGAUUUGUUGAUGAAAAUUGAUGAAGAAAAAGCCCAGGCAGAAGCAGAAAUUGAAGUCUUGAAAAGCACGAUUCAAUCAGGUGAAAGGGAAAUAAACUCACUGAAAUAUGAAAUACAUGUUGUGUCAAAAGAGCUUGAAAUCCGCAAUGAAGAAAAGAACAUGAGUGUGCGCUCAGCUGAUGUAGCAACUAAACAGCACCUGGAGGAUGUUAAGAAAAUAUCAAAACUGGAAGCUGAAUGCCAAAGAUUACGUGGCCUUGUUCGGAAAAAGUUACCAGGCCCUGCUGCAUUAGCUCAGAUGAAAAUGGAAGUGGAGAGCCUGGGAGUGGGCAGAGAUUAUGGAGACAACAGAUUGCGACGAUCCCCUGCAAAGAAUUCCAGCUUCCAUCGUCCUAUGUCCCCCAUGUCUCCAGUUCCUGAUUUUGCCUUUGAUAACCUACAACACAUGCAGAAAGAGAAUGAGUUUCUGACUGCACGUUUAUUAACUACAGAAGAAGAAACUAAGAUGCUACAAGAGGCAUUAACAAAACGGAACAGUGAGCUACAAACUUCAAGAAGCAUGUAUGCUAAGAUAGCUGGCAAGCUCCGCAGCUUGGAAGUUCAAAUGCUGAAUGGUAACCAACGUAAGAGUCCAUCAACUCCAAGCAUGGAUAUCCACUUUGACGGUGCAUUGAGCCAGAAUGGAAGCAAUCCACCUAGUAUGACUUCCAUGUCUGAAGAUGGUGUUGAUGAUGAAGGAAGUUGUACUGAGUCUUGGGCCAAUGCUCUGGUAUCUGAGCUCUCACAAAUCAAGAAAGAGAAAGGAACUAAGGGCAGUGUAACUGAAGGCUCCAAUCGGUUGGAACUAAUGGAUGACUUCCUAGAGAUGGAGAGACUUGCUUGUUUGCCUUCUGAAGCUAACUGCCAUGGCAAUACAGUUGACAAAAUGAAGACUGAUGGUGCUGAGGCUACUUUAUCUGGUAUUACUGAAAGAGAUGGUGUUAAAGAUUUGCAGUCUGCUUUACCAUUGCCAAGUACUCCAUCUAGUAAACAGCAGCUGUCUGAGGGCUCUCCACUCCUGAAAUUGCAAUCCAGAAUAUCUUCCCUUCUGGACUCUGAAUCACCGCAGAACAAUGUUGGGAAGGUACUAAACAGUAUCAGAAAUAUUCUAAAGGAUAUUGAAGAAGAGGCGGAUUCAAUGAACGGCAACAAGACUUAUCAUGCUGACAUGGUUGAAGUUGCUGACAAUGUAUCAUUAAUGAAGCAAGAUGAGAGUUUGCACACUGGGAGCAAACAUGCCAUGGAUGAAGAAUUUAUAAAGGCCGUUUUGAAGAUUCAAGACUUUGUCAAGUCAGUUGAUCAAGAAAUGUCCGAGUACCAAGGGCAGUCUUCUGAUUAUGAUGGACUAUGCAGGAAAAUACAGGAGUUCUCUGCGCUGGUUGAGAAGGUUCUGUCAAAUGAAAAUGUCAUAAAUGACAUCAUUUUGGCGCUGUCCCAUAUCUUGUCAGAAACUAGUGAGAUUAAGCUCGCAAUGUUGAGAGACAACACCAAUGAAGCAGACAGUAAUAAUUUGGAUUAUGUUGAUAAAGUGACACUGCUUGAAAACAAAGUGCAGCUUGUGCCACUGAAAGAUAACAUUUCUGUCACUUGCCCACUUAUUCCUCAUUCAUCUUCUGAUCCUGAGAUUGUGGGGCCUAUAGAUGCCAGAUUUGAUAUUAAGACUGCAGUGCAGUUGUGCUCACCAGAAGACUACGAGCAACUUAAAUCCGAGAAGAUCAAUUUGGAGUCAGAAUUAGCGAGGUGCAGUGAAAUGAUAGAAGAUACAAAGUUUAGGUUUAUUGAGAUGCAGAAUAACCUGGAAGAUCUUACAUCCAAGUUGGCUGCCAGUGAGAAUUCAAAUAGCUUGGCAGAGACACAGUUGAAGUGUAUGGUUGAAUCCUACAAGUCGCUUGAAUCAAGGAAAGUUGAAUUAGAAAAUGAAAUAAAAGUGUUGCAGUCAAAGAUAGACACUUUAACAGCUGAACUCACUGAUGAAAGAACAAGUCAUCAGGACGACUUAGCCAGAUACAAAGAUCUUGAGGAGAAGAUGGAAAGGUAUGAGAACGAGAGGAGUCCAAUGCAUGUGGACGAGGUUGAAGAUACCAAAUCAAAGCAGGAGGUAGAGAUAGCGGCUGCAGCAGAAAAGCUUGCAGAGUGCCAGGAGACCAUGCUGAUUCUUGGUCGUCAACUGCAAGCUAUGCGUCCUCCAGCAGAGUCAAUUGGUUCCUCACCGACCCAGCAACGGAUGGAGGACUUUUUGCAAGACAAUGUUGGAACAACCGAAGGAGACUAUUCCCAGAAACCAUCAGCCCAGUUUGAUACAGAUCAGGAAAUGCUUGGAUCAGGAAACGUAUCUCCUCUCAAUGGAUACAAGACUCACAUGACUCCAUCUGAUGCGGACGGAAAUCCCUUCCUUUCGACGAACAGUUCCAAGCGCCCAAAGCAUAGAUCGAGAUCCAACUCCUCUUCCUCGUUUGGUAACCAGUUGCCAGAGAAACAAAGCCGGGGCUUUAGUCGGUUCUUCACCAAGGGCAAAGAGUGAACAUUAGCUUGCUUGAAACUUUGUGUUGACUUGUCACAGCUAAUGACAGUUCAGCGCAGGCCAUGAAUAUCUAUAGAGCCAGUCAGCGAAACCUGCUUGUGUAUUAUUUGAGGAGAUGCCUUCGGUGGUUCAGUUACUGAAAUAAUACUUAUCUUGCAGCCGAUCGGGUGAGGCAGAUUGUGUGAGUGUUAGAUGUCAGUAUCUUCUUCUGCUCGAGUAUUUUCUGGGUUGCUGUUUGUCUGAAACAUCACUAAGACCUCACUGUACAUGUGCUUACUUGCAUGAAGAAGAGCGUUGCUGCUGUUGGUUUCUGUUUCUUUCUCUUGUGGUGUAACCUGUGUAUGUCGUUGGUGCCUCAAACUGGCUUGCUGUACAGUUAAGUUAACCUGCAUUAAUUUGAACGCCAAA